CAUGGUGGAUCCAAUGACAGGAUUUGUUUUAUUUUAUAGACAUUAAAGGAAACUUUAGUACAGAGAUUGUAAACUAUGUUUACUUCACGAUUCUGUAGAAUUUUGAGAUUGACAGGCCAAAUCAAGGUGCACAAUCAGCGACACAUAUUCCUGUCAAGUUCACCAUUUGUGUCAUCUGCCAAUGCUACAAAUACAGAGUUGCUAACAAAAGUUACCCAACAAGAUGGAAUCCGAACCAUUUGUCUUGACAACCCAAAGAAAAGAAAUGCGCUGUCGCUUGCUAUGCUGGAGAGUCUGUAUUGCGACCUGACGAGAGAUGUUGAUGAUCUCCGAGUGAUUAUCCUAUCUCACACGGGCCCAGUGUUCUCCGCAGGUCACGACCUCAAAGAGUUGACAACCAAAGAUGGCCGUGCUCACCACCAGGAAGUGUUUUACAGAUGUACGGACGUCAUGAUGUUAAUUCAGGACCUGCCAGUUCCUGUGAUAGCCCAGGUUAACGGACUGGCGACUGCGGCCGGGUGUCAGCUCGUCGCGACGUGCGAUAUUGCUGUCGUGUCCGACAAGUCUCAGUUUGCCACUCCAGGGGUAAAUGUUGGACUGUUCUGUUCUACUCCCGCGGUAGCACUCGGACGGGCUGUUCCCAGGAAGGUUGCUAUGGAGAUGCUGUUUACUGGACAUCCAAUUUCAGCUCGAGAUGCUUUACUUCAUGGUUUGGUUAGUAAAGUAGUGCCAGAAGAGGAACUGGAACAGGAGACAAUGAAAAUGGCAUAUCGUAUCUGUGAGACAAGUAGGAGUGUGGUGGCUCUUGGGAAGGCUACGUUUUACGCUCAGAUGAACCUCGAGAGGAAACAGGCUUACAGACUGGCUGGUAAAGUGAUGAUUGACAACCUGGCUCUGUACGAUGGACAAGAAGGAGUGAAAUCAUUUGCAGAGAAACGUAAACCAAUUUGGUCUCACAGUACCAAAACAGUUCACUGACCAGUCACAGAGAUAGUAUACUCUUCAAAAAACUCUAAUAAGAAUUUACAAUUGCCAAAAUUGUAAGGUAUAUUAGCUGUGGGGAAUGGUUAUAUGAUAAUAAUUAAUUAAUUGGGCAAACAUUACAACCGGUA